UCUAGUAAGGGUCUCUGCCCCGUGGUACUAUUCUCGCACCAAUACUACUCCUCUUACCCGAACCACUUUCUUCCUUCAAUUUAACAAAUUCUAAACUUGUACACUCUCUGCUGCGCUUGUCAAAGUUGUCAUGGUGAGUCGUGUUUUAAACAGUCCUUCCUACAUUUGAGUACAUCCACACUUGCUGGUUGCGUCCCACCUUCGCUUGCUUCCCAUUAUGCUUAUAUAUAUUCUAGCACCUGGAGAGGCUCACACUGUCAUCACUUAACGGCAGUCACCCUUCUAACAUGUCCAACUGGUCACCAUCACCCAUGUCCCAAAUCCCUUACCAGCUCCGAACUCCUGGUGCAUCAGAAAUAUUACCAAGACUAUAUGUCUCAGACCUCUCCUUCGCAGAGAACCCUGCCGCCCUCGCCACGCUGGGUAUAACCCACAUCCUCUCCGCAAUGCGUGGAUACGUCGCAAUACCACAUGAUCUACCCAUACAUCGUGCUCAAUACCCUCUCGAGGAUCUUCCAUUCUCCGAGCUCGCCGCCCACCUUCCAUCUGCAACUGCCUUCAUCCGCAGCGCACUGCACGAUCCCAAUGCACGGAUUCUUGUGCACUGCAUGGAGGGAGUGAGCCGCAGCACAAGCGUGGUUUGUGCAUUUCUCAUAUCGGAGUACGGCUGGACUCCAGCACAAGCUAUCCAAUACAUCAAAACGAGACGAAGAUCUGCCGAACCCAAUUUUGGAUUUGUACAGCAGCUGCAGGAGUAUGCAGACAACUUGCGGCGUUGAUCAUGAUAGUUGCAGAGGGCAGGAAAUAUGGACACAUGUGCUUCCGACGGCCAUCAGAGGCGUGUUAGAAGAUUAUUUGACAAAGCUUGCAUCACUCCCUUGCAUUUACACAUACGCAAAAGUUCUGUAUCAUCUGUAUGCCCAGGACCCC